UGUUUCGGAGAGUGCUUUCUGUUGACUGUGCCAGGUAGGCGCAGCCUGCGUCGGGUCCUGCACGCCAGUCGUGGCGGGCUCGGAGGUCCAGCCAUGCUGUUUUGGCACACGCAGCCGGAACACUACAACCAGCACAACUCCAGCAGCUACCUGCGUGAUGUGCUCGCUCUGCCCAUCUUCAAGCAGGAGGAACCCCAGCUGUCCCCUGAGAACGAAGCCCGCCUGCCACCCCUGCAGUAUGUGCUGUGUGCUGCCACAUCCCCAGCCGUGAAGCUGCAUGAAGAGACACUGACCUACCUCAACCAAGGUCAGUCUUAUGAAAUUCGGCUGUUGGAGAAUCGGAAGCUGGGAGACUUUCAAGAUCUAAACACAAAGUACGUCAAGAGCAUCAUCCGCGUGGUUUUCCACGACCGUCGGCUGCAGUAUACAGAGCACCAGCAGCUGGAGGGCUGGCGGUGGAGCCGGCCUGGAGACCGGAUCCUGGACAUUGAUAUUCCACUGUCUGUUGGUAUCUUGGACCCCAGGGCCAGCCCAACCCAGCUGAACGCAGUCGAGUUUUUAUGGGACCCUUCGAAGAGAGCCUCUGCGUUCAUUCAGGUGCACUGUAUCAGCACAGAGUUCACGCCAAGGAAGCACGGGGGCGAGAAGGGAGUGCCUUUUCGAGUGCAGAUUGAUACAUUUAAGCAGAACGAGAAUGGGGAGUACACCGAGCACCUGCACUCUGCCAGCUGCCAGAUCAAGGUGUUCAAGCCAAAGGGAGCAGACCGGAAACAAAAGACCGACCGGGAGAAGAUGGAGAAGAGAACUGCCCAAGAGAAGGAGAAGUACCAGCCGUCCUAUGAAACCACCAUUCUCACUGAGUGUUCUCCGUGGCCCGACAUGGCUUACCAGGUAAACAGCGCCCCAUCCCCAAGCUACAACGGCUCUCCAAAUAGCUUCGGCCUUGGCGAAGGGAACAGCUCACCAACCCACUCCCACCCAGUGGAGGCCCUGCCCAUGGGCAGUGAUCACCUGCUCCCGUCAGCCUCCAUCCAGGACACCCAGCAGUGGCUCCACCGCAACAGGUUCUCACAGUUCUGCCGGCUGUUCGCCAGCUUCUCAGGUGCUGACUUGCUGAAGAUGUCUCGAGAUGAUUUGGUCCAGAUCUGCGGCCCUGCAGAUGGAAUCCGGCUUUUCAAUGCCAUCAAAGGCAGGAACGUGAGGCCGAAGAUGACUAUUUAUGUCUGUCAGGAGGUGGAGCAGAACCGAGCGCCCCUGCAGCAGAAGCGGGAUGGUGGCGGGGACAACAGCAGCCUGUGUGUGUACCAUGCCAUCUUCUUGGAAGAACUGACCACCUUGGAGUUGGUUGAGAAGAUCGCCAACCUCUACAGCAUCUCCCCACAGCACAUUCACCGGGUCUACCGGCAGGGGCCCACGGGCAUCCACGUGGUGGUCAGCAACGAGAUGGUGCAGAAUUUCCAAGAUGAAUCCUGUUUUGUCCUCAGUACCUUAAAAGCUGAGAGCAGUGAUGGCUACCACAUCAUCCUGAAAUGUAGCAUCUGAGCCGAAGUACAGCCAGCAGCUGCCUCCACCUCCCAGCCCCAUGGACCCCCUUGGAUGUAGAAAUUGCACCACUGUAAGCUGCAGCCUCCCCUGGCAAGCUGCAGCUAGAAGUGACCUUGCCUGGUGUGUGAAAGCCACAGACCAACAACCAGCAGAAACCCACAGAUGUGGAGUCCUGGGCAUGCAGAAAGCCAAUGGCUCCUCUCUCCCUUCCCCUUCAGCUUGAAUGGUUCUUUGGUCUUGUUCCCAGACCUGCCACUCUAGAGACACAAACAGUGGGGUAUCUGCUCUGAAACCCUUUGCGCUCUGAGCUGGAGGCUAGUCCACUGGCUGUCUUGGUGCCUCCUGACCUCUCUUCUGCUGCCAGACGAAGUUCUGCCUCACCCCAACCUUCACCUUCUCUGGUGACUGGCCCCAUGGCUGAGACUGUUGACUAGAUGGGGGUGAUUCGCCACCAUCGUCUGUCUUUGUUUGUGUUGGCUUCCAUCUUUGGUGGCCCUGGUGAGCAUCUGUCUGUCCUGCUCUUGGAUGGAUUGAUGGGAGUGGGGUUUAUUCUGUACCUUCUCCUUUCACCUUUACCUUGUUUCUAAGGAUCUGCUACUAUAAAGCCCAGAGCUGGGCUCAUCUCUCUGCAUUGGUGGGAUACCACAAUAUGCAUGUAGGACCCGCCGCACAGACCUGAAGGCUGCUUUUAGGCAUAUUCUCAUGAGUGUACAAAGGAUGAGAACAAAAUGAUUCCUUGUGAGCUCCUUUGGUGUAGUUUUAUUUCCUAGCCAUCAUGGGUAAGGACGAGGAAAUGGUCAUCCCAGUGUAUGAUGAGGUGACCUUGACUGUCACAAUGCCUGGCCCUCUUGGGUGGGCUCACCAAACCCCAUUAAAGAAGACCUUAGCUACCUAUGGCCAAGCCUGCCAAGUUUCCUAGGGGCAUUGCAUUUUCUGUGAGGGCCCUAUUUAAACGUUGAUCUUUCUUCACUUGUAGGGGAUGUGGGUAAAGCAUUUUGCCUAUACCAGUGUGAUUGGAUCACCUUUCGUAGUGGCCUAUGAGGAAAUUUGAGUAUCAGUAACUGGUAGGCUGGCAGCUGUUUCCUGGGACCCAGCAAUCCAUGCUGGCUCAGGACUUCAAUUCUUUGCUAAUUUAGGUUUAUAUUCCAAAGCGUGGUGAAUUUAUGACCGCUGAGCAGGAUUGUACAGCUUCUAGAGUAGAGCUUUUGGGGAGUACUAUGCUAGGGUCGGGGAUGAUCAGAACUGGGUAGACCUUGUUUUACAGAUAUAGAAACUGAAGCCCAGAGGGGCACAGCCACCAGCCUGAUAACACAUGGUGAUAGGGUAUGGACAUAAAUUUAUUAUACAAACCAGGCCACUUUUGAGAGUGAAUGGGAUCUAUAAUAAUUAGGCUGGGACAGUGGGUGUGGUAUUUCUACCGAGUUCCUGAUUCCUGAUCCCUUUGCCCUUUUUGAAAGGGAAGGAGGAGCUGGUAAUGGCUUUAUUGAGAUGUAAUUCACUUACCACACAGUUUACCCAUUUAUCCAUUUAUGGUGUACAAUUCAGUGAUUUUUAGCAAAUUCACAGAAUGACCAUAAUCAAUUUCAGAGCAUUUUCAGCAGCCCCCAAAGGAACCCUGCACCCUUUAACAGUUGCUCUCCCACUUCCCUCCAUCUGCCCUAGUCCUAGGCAACCAUGGAUCUACUUUUUAUAUGGCUCUACCUAUUUUGGACAGUUCAUAUGUAUAGAAUCAUACAACAUAUGGUCUUUUGUGACCAGCUUCCUUGACCUAACACAGUUUCCUGUGGCUGUCCCUGUUGAAUGUGUGCCAGCAUACCAGUCCUUCUUAUUUUGUGGAUAGGCCAUGUCUUGUUUGUCCGUCUGUCACUUGAUGGGCAUUGAGCUGUUUCUACUUUUUGGCUAUUAUGAAUAAUGCUGCUACAAGCAUAUUUGUACAACUUUUUAUGUACACAUAUGUUUUCAUUUCUCUUGUAAAUGUACACAGGAGUGGAAUUGCUGGGUCAUAUAGUCACCCUAUUUAACUGGAGUAACUGCCAGGCUGUUUCCCAAAGCAGCUGCACCAUUUUCCACUCCCAUUUCACCGGUGUACAAGAGUUCCAGUUUCUCCACACCCUCAUCAACAUGGGCUGUUAGCUGUCUGUUUGAUUACAGCAU